AGCAGGAGCCAUCGUUUGUGACUGCUGACACAUCAGGACCGGCUUUGUUUUAUUUUCGUUAUAAAAGAAACAUCAUCCCYGUUUGAUAUUUUACAAGAGCUGCAAACUCUUUGGUGUCUGACGAGCCGGAUGCUUCAAACCUUCAAGAAUCUUAUUAAAAUAGCUCUGCCUUGUUUUUAUUUUAAACUCUGAGGCAGCUUCUGUCUAAAGCAGAUGUGGGAAAAGUGAGCAGAGUUUUAGUCCGGCUGCACCUGGAUUCUCCACAGCGAUGUUUGCCAGCCGUGGAGCCAGCGGUGGAGGGAAAGGUGGGGGGAAAUACUCAGUGGAGGACCUUUAUGGCAUUAGCAAGAAGCCCAAGGCGUCCACCUCCUCCGGGAGCAUCGCGGCCAAGUCUGGGACCCGGAGCGGUAAGACCCCGGAGCCGAGGAGCGAGUCGGAGGCCUUCGCUUCCCAGAUCCUGGAGGCRGCGCACAGGCUGGUGGAGCGCCGGCGCCUGGAGCUAUACCUGAGGGAGUACGGCCUGUCCCUGGCUGAGUGUGAGGCCGGCCGCUCAGCCAUGACCUACAGAAACCUUGGGAAAUCAGGCUUACGUGUGUCCUGCCUCGGAUUAGGAACCUGGGUGACGUUUGGAUCACAGAUCUCAGAUGAGAUGGCUGAGAACCUCAUGGCCAUAGCGUAUGAAAACGGAGUGAAUCUGUUUGACACAGCAGAGGUGUACGCUUCUGGAAGAGCAGAAAUCACUCUAGGGAACAUUAUCAAGAAGAAAGGAUGGCGACGCUCAAGUUUUGUCAUCACAACAAAAAUCUAUUGGGGAGGACAAGCAGAAACUGAAAGAGGACUCUCCAGAAAGCACAUAAUUGAAGGUUUACGAGGAUCCUUAUCAAGACUGCAGCUAGAUUAUGUGGACAUAGUUUUUGCCAACAGAAAUGAUGUCAACAGUCCAAUGGAAGAGAUUGUUCGAGCCAUGACUUUUGUAAUAAACCAGGGCAUGGCCAUGUACUGGGGAACCUCACGCUGGAGCGCUAUGGAGAUCAUGGAAGCAUACUCGGUCGCACGUCAGUUCAACCUGAUACCACCGGUGUGUGAGCAGGCAGAGUAUCACUAUUUCCAGAGGGAUAAAGUCGAGGUGCAGCUUCCUGAGCUCUACCACAAGAUUGGGGUUGGGGCAAUGACCUGGUCUCCACUUGCUUGUGGAUUAAUCACRGGGAAGUACAGCGAUGGGGUUCCAGAGUGCUCCAGAGCAUCCAUAAAGGGAUACCAGUGGCUGAAGGAGCGAGUGAACAGUGAGGAGGGUCGUAGGCAGCUCGCUAAAAUCAAGGAGCUCCAUCUACUGGCAGACAGACUGGGCUGCACUGCUGCACAGUUAGCCAUAGCCUGGUGUCUGCGCAGUGAAGGAGUCAGCUCGGUACUUCUGGGUGUUUCAAAUGCAGAGCAGCUUAUUGAAAAUCUGGGUGCCCUUCAGAUUUUGUCCCAAAUGACCCCUCAGACCAUCACAGAGAUUGAUGCCCUGCUGGGAAACAAGCCACAUGCAAAGAAAGAGUCCCGCGCUUGAAGAUGCAAACUGAAGUGAUCAAACAUCCUUCGCAAAGCAGAAGAAGAAAAAAAUCAACAACUUUGGGGGAAACAUCGCUUUUUGCUCUGCUGUAUACUCAACUUGCAUGUUCUCUGCAACAUUACGCUUCCAGUAUAUGCGCAUACCCAUUUUGCGCAGUAAAUUCUACCACAUAUUCAAAAAAAAGAAAAGAAAGAGGACCAUAUCUCUCAAGUGUGGAAAAAAAUCAUCUGCUCACUGUCUGUUGUUCACAGACUAUCUAAGUUGACCAGAGUGACAGAAACACAGAGAGGUUUGAAAACGAUCAGCUGCUGUCAGAACAAAUUGGACUCUGACUGAUUAAACACAAGCGGAAAAGAAACCCCCUCACCACCACCUCUUUGGUAAAACCAUAACUUUACUGGGUAAACGGUGCUUUUUCUGGACAUGUGAGUCUCCUUCCUUUGCAGCUGCCUGUCAUUCUGUACGGUGUUUAGUACCCAGCAAACAGAGAGCCAAAGGUUAGUGCCCGCGUGUCUGGCCUAACGUUUCUCAUAAUGUGCAUGUGGUCCACUGCGCUCACUGCUUUACAGGGUUGGGAACAAUGGAGCGCUUGUGGAGUCAUUACAGUGAUCCAAGUGUUUCUAAAAGAAACAACAUUCCUUCUAGUUAAAAGAAAAAAAGUAUUGUGUUUUACACGAAUAAACGAAUAGAAGUAAAUGAUCUGAAAWGCAUAUAUUUAUUAAAAAUAAAUACUUUAAAUAGUGCAUAAUUUUUGUGCUACAAAAAGAAGCUAACGAGCAGGUGCAAUCUUGAAAGUGACUUUCCCAACCCUGCAGUCUUUUUGCCUCCUCUUUUUUGUAAACUGUGCGCAUGUCCCUUUAAGAGCGAAUAAGCCCUAACCGGGUGUAAAUGUGGCAUGGCUUUUAUGGCUUAUGUAGAUUUGCAAUGCCCUUGUAAGCCAUUGUUUUGUUUCGGGGUUUUUUUAUGUUUUUUUUUCUAAACGGUCGGUUCAGCAGCUGUACAGCUGGGCUCUUGCUUUAAGGUCUCUCAGCAGUCUGCAGACAAGGCUGUGUCAAUCUGAAACUGAAUCUUUGCAAUGUCUUAAGCUGUCUAAGACAGUAUUGACAACAUGAGUCAAUGAUGCCAUUUGUGUGAAGACUAUCUUGAGCAGGGGUUUGAGACAGUUGAAGGGAGUGGAAAAGUCACUGGAUUUGGACACACUGUGAGGAAACUAGAUUUGAAAUAAUAGAGAAAAAAAUAAGUGUUUAUCAAAUGUCAUAUGACAUCACUUAGGGUAUGGGUUAACAAAUGUCUUUUUCUUUUGUUAAACCUAAAAAAAAUAGUUUUUCCUGCUAAUAUUUGAGUAUGAUUAUUUCUUCCCUUAAAGCAAUAGUUYACAGCUUUUGAAGUGGGGCAUGUGGAAAGGUUAUGAACAAUUAUCUUACAUAUCAAAGAUGGACUGAUUACCCCAGAGCAAGAUUUUCCAAGCUCCAAGACAAAAAUUAACAGGAACAUUAAAAAAGACAAAAUUUCAACUUGAAAAGUUGGAAACUCCUGACGAGUCAUGAUCUUAAAAUACAGUAUGGUUGAUAUGCAUUUGAAAAGUUGUAAUAGCUGCAGUAAUUAUCAUUUCUGCUUACCUUCUUUCACUUUGUAGCUCAGUAAACUAGUCACACAUGUACUGGUUAUCCACUCUGAAUAAAUAUGUUAGAAUUUUGUUUAARUGCAGACAAAACCAUUGUUUUUGAGUUGAAUGCUAAUGGUAAUUAGACAAAUCAUAGCGUGCAACCAUUAAUAAAUACUGCUGGUUUUCUGUUUAAAGUUUAAAGUGUCCAGCACACUCUAUCCGAAGCUGAGCAGCCGAUGCAUGGUCACGGGCUUUCUUGACGAGUGUUUUCAAACACACCUUUCAUAGCCCAUGAGACAAAUGGUGCAGAGCUCCUGGGAUACCUCUAACGCUGCGGUACAAGUCACAGCUUAGAGUCCCCCCCACCCCCACCCCCACUGGAAUCUCCAAUCUGAAAUUCCCCAUUAGGCCACAAAUCUGUCAUGGGUAGAGCACCCCAGUUUUCACCAGAUGUUUUCCUCUAUGAACAAUAUCUGUUAUUCCAUCAACAAGUUCUUGGCCUUUUGACUACCUCUAUAAAUGUCUGUAGGAGCUGUACUUUCUGACUGCCUCGGACAACUGCUCCUCMAAACUAUCCAUGUUGUUUGGACACAUAACAGCCGACUUCUUCGUUUUUGUCUGAGCUCKUCUCYGCAUAAACAAGCAYGCCCACAAACUUCUAACCAAUCACACAAUACUCGGCGCAUUCGCCUUUGAGAAAAAAUCCAGCCCGGCCCUUGUGUCAGGAAGAGACGGGCAAAGCUGAUCUAUGAAUAAAAUAACACACUUGUUGCCACUCUACAUUAAUGAGAUGAUUUUGCAGCUUUGGAUAGAGUAUGCGGGGCUCCUUUUKUUGGGUCGGCCUUCUUUCCUAAAACAGCUUCUGACUUCUGAGGUGAAUGGAACACAGCAAUAGUUUGGUUUUGACCAAGWUUAAAGCUGAGUAGAAUUAAUACUAAAAUGCUAUUUCAAACCAACUCCAAACUCAAAAAUUUUAAAGCAGUUCAUGUGAAUGGCAUUAUAUUAACAUUUGCACUGCUGUCAACUUGAAAUAGUUAUUUACAUUAAAUUUAAUGAUUAUUUGUUGGAGCAAAUAGCAUUAGCAGUAGCUAGCUGUAGCACUUCCGGCGGGAAURUUAGAUUUCUGCUAGAAUAASCGUGUAAUGUGAAACUGAAAGCAGCGUAAAAGUUUAUAAGACAAUGUGAGCAUGAACUACUAUAAAAAUGUUGAGACAGGAGUUAGUUUAGGAUGGCAUCGAUUGACUUUGGUCUUGGCGACACUUSAGCAGUUAGCUUGGUCAGAACUAAGGGCUGUUCAAAGAUUAGGACUUUUCUUAAAUUUUUUUCUUUCACUGUGCUGCAUUUUCUUCCUGUAUUUUCCUUUAUUUGACUGACUUCAUUYCUUUGUAAUGUGGAAAUUUGCUUACUUCACUUAUUGUUCAGGAAAAUGGCAAAAUGUUUUGUUUUUCAGCUCAUGGAGAUGUUCCACCUGAAACAAUGUCAAUAUGUACAGGCUUUCCUGUUCCAUCAGUCAGAGACAAUAACAGAUCAUUUUACGGAUUGAGAAAGUUUUCCGAAGCAUCGCUCAGCUUCAUGACUCUGUGAUGAUGCACAGUUGAACUGAGAGCAACUUCAAGUGUACAGAUACUUCAAACAAACCUUGAAAAAUGUAACUUUGCCUGCCUAACUUAUAUUUUACUGUCUUGCAACAAAAAAAAACUACCAAAAAAAAAAACAGAAACAAACCAACAGUAAGGGACGAGAUGACUCAUACUGAAUGUAUCUUGUCAGMUGCUAAAAACUGAACUAAAAAGACAAAGCACAGAGUGAUUCGCUAAAAGUWAUGGUGCAGUCCAGCAAAUAUUUACAUUUUGAUUUUGUGCAAAAGAUUGUCAACUGGAGUUUCAUGUACCCAUACUUAAAUCUAAAWAAUCAGACAGGAUUUUGUAUUUUGUAACUGGAACAUAAAAGAUGGGAAAAUCAAGUCACAGCUGUCGAAUUGGAUCUCAUUGUUUAGGUAACCGUCCAUGUUAAUAUUUGAAAUAAACUGUUUAUUUAUGCACAUGUACAGAGAUAUUCAUUUAAAAGUUGCGAAAAAACAAUCUACUCCAAGAAAAGAUGCUAGCUAACAUUAUUCAUUAGUCAAAUAUGUAACGAUGUAGGUUUAUGCAACCUCCUUUGAUUGGUUUUACUUUGAACCAAAAUAUUUUGAAUUCUUGACUCGUGUUUUUAUGAAUAAAAUAAUGUUGGUCUUUUUUAGAGACUUAAAGGUCACUGAUAAAAAUACUAAAACAGCCUGGCAAAUAAUUUAACUUGAGCUAACUGAACUAARCAGAUAACAUUUAGAGCAGAGUGCAUUCCUCUGAAGCUAAUCAAAAUUUAUUUGUUCUUUUUUUUCCCCACUCACUGAGGCUCAAAUAUUAGUGUCGUUUCUGYAGAACUGCUUUGUGGGAUUUCACAUGAAAAGCAUCGGAGCAACAGGAAGAAAUAGACAAAUAUGAUAUUACCAUGACUUUGUCUCAACUUCUGCUGUAUGUUCGACAUGUUUCUAUUAACUCUUGAUAUUUAAUUCCUAUUUUGUUCAUUCAGAUUUGAACCGUUUCUCACUCUAAGCAAGACAAUUUCUCUGGUUCUAGUUUAGUUUUCUUUUUUAACAUUUCUCAUGGUGACAUUUUUGAGAAAAAUAAUACCUUUAUUUUCCAUGUUCACUCUGUAAAUGCAACAAAAGYCCAUGUCUAGUGACUAACUGAGAAGGCAUUAAGAAAUAAAGGUGGAAAAUGGCGUA